AUGUCUCGCCUCAGCUGGGCCCCACCCGCCUUGCUGGCGCGCGUGCUGCGCGAUGUGCGUGGCCGCGCACGACGGGACUUGGAACCUCGGGGUGCGGCGGCGCUGGCGCACGCGGUGGCGCAGCUGGGGGAGCACACGGAGUUGGUGGCGGAGGUGGUGCAGGAGCUGGUGCCCACCCUUCGCCGCUUCGCACGGAAGGGCUUUAAGCCGGCCGAAGUGGCCUUGAGUUUGGAUGCUUUGUCGCGCAUGGGUGGAGAGAGCCAUGGGUCAAGCACUGGUAGCUUUCCUUUGCCGCGCUGGGCGGAGGAGGCCAUGGCCGCCUUGGAGGAGGACCUCGCGCGGGUCGCGCAGCACCUGCGCUACCCGGAGCUGGUGAUGGUCCUCGUCGCCUCUGCACGCCGGAGUGGCGGCUUGAGCGGUGGCGUGGGCGGAGUGGGGGAGGAGUUGAUGAAGGCCAUUGAGGCCACCUUCAGCAACUGCCCCACUGCCGAGCUUUGCAUCAUGGUGCAUUGCAUGGCACGGCUUCAGCUGAACUUUGCAAUGUCUCAAGAUUUGGCUUUGGUGAUUUUGGACCACCUGUGUCCUCAGAAGAAUCCUGGCCUCAGGACCGAUUGUUCUUUAGACCACGUCAUCUUACUUCUCCACGCCUUCGCCAAGCUCUCGGUGCGUCCCAGCCAGCCCUACUGGGCGCUGGUCUCGCAGCGCCUGCGCGACGCGGCGCUGGUCUCGCGGUCCAAUGCGGUGCGCCUGUGCCUGGCGGCGGCGAAGCUGGAUCACCGGGGCGUGGCCAUUGGACACGUCUACGGUGUUGCCCUGGAUGGCCUUUUGGCGAACUUGUGCGAUGAAGCCUUUGCAUCGAUGGUCUUUGUGCUGCUGCAUCCCUUCUAUUUCAACCAGCGCCACCUGCAAGAGCUCCUGGUCUACGCCGCUGCUCGCGAGAUUUGUGCCCAAAGCUUGGCACUUCAAGUACGCAUUGGUUUGGUGGCUUUGGUCUACUUGGGAAGCUCCACCUUCCCUUUGCAGGUCGCCCAAAGUCUGACGCGCUUGGAGAAGGCCACUGCUCAACGCGCUGUGUGGGAGAUUCGGGAGAUUCUGGGAAAGUACGCAGAACAGUCUGGUGCUGAGCACUUCUGGCUCCUUUAUCGUCCCUUCUCACCAACCCAUGUGCACGUCACGCACUCCAAACCCUCACGCAUCCGCUUGCGCCCGGUGGUUGGAAACCACCUUCGUUCGCGCGAUCGCGCGCCCUCCAUGCGGGGGGAGAUCGACCCCGGCGUUGGGCGAGUGAAGGAGGCGCUGAGGCGCCUGGGACAGCCCGAAGUGGACCUGCGGGGUCGAUGUCUUCAUGUGGCUGGCACCAAUGGCAAGGGCAGUGUCACCUGGCUCGAACCAGCAGCGGGCGAAGCAGCCGUUCCAAACCGCAGAGUGGCGGUUCGGGUGGGGUUGGGAGAGGGACGAGAGAAGCCAGGGUGGGUGGAUGAGAGGAACAUUGCUGCAUUACCAAAGUCAAGGACUUCUACCAAGGUGUGUGCCAUGCUUUUCGCGGUUUGCAGGCAUGCUGGCUUUCGCGUCGGCAUGUUCACAAGCCCACAUUUGUUGGAACCCUUGGAUGCCAUUCAGAUGGCCGAGGAGGGUGAGGAGACACCGGUGCAGCCGGAGACCUGGAAGCUCUUGGAAGAGGAGGUCAAGAAGCUUUGCGGACACGCCACGCCCGAGAUCUCAUUGACCAUCUUCGAACUUCAAGUGGUCACGUCCUUGCUCCUCUUCGCACGCCAUCAGGUAGAUGUGGCCAUCAUUGAGGUGGGGAUGGGAGGCCUAGAGGAUGCCACCAAUGUGCUCCUGGAACCCGCAGCCUGUUGCAUCACCAGCAUUGCCCUGGACCACGAGAAGUUCUUAGGGCCAACCCAUGAGGACAUCGCCAAGCACAAGGCUGGCAUUUUCCAACGCGGGCGCCCUGCCUACGUUGCUAAGGAUGGCAUGUCAGAGAGCGUCCAGCGAGUCAUCGCUGAAGUCGCUGAGCGUGUCGGAGCACUGCUCUUUUGGGUGGCACCAGCCGAGGUCGUUGGCGAGCCGCCCCAUGGGCGAGGCCGAGGCCAUCAGACCUUGCAAGCUCGGUGUCCAAGGCGAUGUAGACAUGCAACAGAAGAGCGUCUCAUUUGGACAGGAUGUUUUCUCAUGUUUUCUCCCAACUCAUUUUUGGGACCUUCUUGA